CUGUUUUUUGGAAAGUUAGCUGUCAGGUGUUAUGCUCACUUACAAACAGGUCAUUGAAGGAUUUACAAUAUUGCAGCUUUAGCUCUCUCUAAACGAUAAUAGAGGUAUUGGAGCAGGCAAAGCAUCUUAUUUUUGUUGACUAAUGUCCUUCUCAGGUGCUGGCAUAAGUGUUGAUUAAGGGAUCCAUUAAAGUAUAGUGAAAACAUGUAGGCUACUUAUUGCUAAGCUUUAUAAGGAAGGUUGACAGUGAGUCUGUUGCUGUGUAGCGGAGUAUCUCUCAGACCAUGGGAACAAAACAGACUCACAUCCAUGAAGUGCAGCCGGCCUACUUCCUGCUGCGAGCGGCGCUGCUCUCUGUGCUGCUGUGCGGCCCGCAGAGAGUGGCCUCGGACUCAGAUGAAGUGGUCCAGACGGAGUGGGAGGUCUGGAAGAGCAGCUACGGCGUAGCUUACGAAGAAAUGGACGACAUGCAAAGGAGGGCCAUCUGGGAGGAGAACAAGCACAUGAUCGAGAACAAUAAUCAAGGGUUUUUCAUGGGGAUGAGGCCGUUCACUAUGGCCAUGAAUAAAUAUGGAGACCUGACGAGAAACGAGUACAAGGUUUUGCAAGGUGCCGCGAUAGACUCCCAGUUUGUGAAGCGAGGGAAGACCGUCUCGGGCCGAAAGCUGCGUAUCAACGCUAAAAAGUUAGAUGCUGCGAUUGUGGACUACAGGAACAUGGGUUAUGUCACUGAGGUGAAAGACCAGGGUUACUGUGGCUCGUGCUGGGCCUUCAGCACUACGGGAGCUAUCGAGGGACAAAUAUACAAGAGGACAGGUCAGCUUGUAUCGUUGAGUGAACAAAACCUGGUGGACUGCUCCAGAUCGUAUGGUACCUACGGCUGCAGUGGUGCCUGGAUGGGCAACGCCUAUGACUAUGUGGUCAACAACGGGCUGCAGUCAACAAACACCUACCCAUACACCUCAGUGGACACCCAGCCCUGUUACUACGACAGCAGACUUGCAGUUGCCCAUAUCAAAGACUACAGGUUCCUGCCCAAAGGGGAUGAGCAGGCUCUGGCUGAUGCCGUGGCAACUAUUGGUCCAAUCACAGUAGCUCUUGAUGCAGAUCAUUCCAGCUUCCUGUUCUACAGCUCAGGAAUAUACGAUGAGCCAGCCUGUAACUCUAACAAUCUGAGUCACGCGGUGCUGCUGGUCGGCUACGGUUCUGAAGGAGGCCAAGACUACUGGAUCAUCAAAAACAGUUGGGGAAGCAGUUGGGGUGAAGGCGGCUACAUGCGAAUGGUCCGAGAUGGCAGAAACACUUGUGGCAUCGCGAGCUAUGCUUUGUACCCUAUUCUAUGAUUCUGAUAAGAUGCUUCAGUCGUGUGUUAAUGCUGAACUCUUUCACUGCUGUCAGUGGGUCUCGGAAAACAACAUCAGCCAUUGCUUUAACAGCCCAUAUCAUCUCUAAAACACUCCUGUCAUCCAUAUUUUCUAAACCUUUCUGACACUGUAUACACGUUUUGAGCUCACAUGAACCUUUGACAGUGAACACUUUGCUUCUCUCAGGGAUGUAGUGCACACACCAACCUGUGGCUAGAAAUACUGUUAGCCUUCCUAAAGUUUUAUUGAUUAGUCUAACUCACCAAAUACAUAUAAAAAAACCUGCAAUUUAACUAACUGAAAGUGAAACUAUGAACAGAAGUAAAAACACGUUCUUCCACUUUCACAUGAAAAAGGGGAAUGUGGAAGUAAUAACACACUAUUGGGAUUGUGCUGUUACAAUUUUAUGGUGGUUAAUUUUAGCAAAUGUUAGCAAACUUGCUGUAUAAUAGACAUUACUUAGUCAGUUCACUGACUUGGGACUUGUGAAAUUAACUCACAACUAACACAACAAUAACUUGAAUAUGUUUGAGACAGAACAAAUAAUAUGGUUUCUUUGUAUUUUCAAUGCAAAUAAAUGUUUCUGCAUUUUUUUUCUACCAUUAUAAACAAUAUUUUAUACCUAAUGGAUAAACUGAAAUGUUUUGACUUCUG